AUGCCUCUUCUCACCACCGCUCUCUGGUACUGCCAGCAGCUGUACACAUACCUGGCUCAUCUGUUGAAAUGGUGGAGCAGAUACCUGCAGAGGAAAUUCACAAAGAACCACAGCGUACGGUCGGAAGUCAACCUGCUUGGCCACUGUGCACAGAAAUGGAAAGGAGAAACAGAGCAAGCCAGGCAGAUGAGAGAAGCCUAUGAAGAGCUGUUUUGGAGACAUCAUGUAAAAUAUAUACGUCAAGUAAGAAGAGAUAACUAUUGCGUGCUGAGAGCUGUGUUGUUUCAGAUAUUCCACCAAGGUAUUCCUCUUCCACCAUGGAUGAAGGCAAUAGAUGUUCUAAAGCUCCCUGAGAAACUUCUUUACUCACAAGGUUGUAACUGGAUCCAGCAAUAUAGCUUUGGACCUGAACAGUACACCAGCUCAAAUAUAUUAGGAAAGCUACGUAAAUGUAUUGAUAUGUUAAAAAAUCAGUGGAUGGAAAUCAGCAGCAUUAAGGACCCGUAUGAAAGAGGAAAUCUGUGCACUGCUCUUUUUGGUGAUGAAAAUGUGGAGCACCAAAUGUAUGAGGGCAUAAAAUUCAUCAUGCUGUACCAAGUAAUAGAAGCCUACGAAUGCUUGAACAACAAAGAGCACAUCGCCAGUUUUUUCCACCUCCUCUUCACGCGCGACACCUCCUUGGACCCUUUGAGUUACAUGAUGAAUCACUUGAAUUCUGUAGGGGACAAGAGAGGCCUUGACCAGGUUGAUAUGUUCCUCCUUGGGUAUUCUCUGGAAGUGAAGAUAAUCGUUUACAGGCUGUUUAAGUUCCACUCAGGAGAUUUUUGCGUAAACUAUAUGGAGGCGUAUCAGAGGGACUGGCAUGAAGUCUCUCUUCUGACUGAAGACGACCAGCACUAUGACAUCCCUGUUGUCCAGAUAUAA